AUGUCUCAGAGACAUGCGACAAGUGAAAAAUCAAAAACAAAAAAUUCACCUUCUCCGCCGAGUUUAAAUGAUGAACCACGUUAUUGUAUAUGUCAAAAGCGUGAAGAUGAAUUAAAUGAAGAUGAUAAUGACUUUAUGAUUGAAUGUGAUGGAUGUAGUGGUUGGUUUCAUGGUAAAUGUAUAGAUUUAUCCGAUCGAAUUGCUGAUGACAUUGAAAAAUACUUUUGUCAUGAAUGUUCAAAACAACAUGGACCUUCAAUUUUUAAACAACGAAAAAAUCAACAUCGAAGAGAUUACAGUGAUGCAAAUGCAGAUAAUAAACCUACACAAAGCGGUACACCUGAUUUCAUUAAUAAAUUAAAAAGAAGAAUAUUUCCCGGCUGCGAAUCUGUUGUAACUCGAUUAAAAGGCAAUCAUUUAACUCCUGAAUAUUUAGCAAAAUAUGGUUUUACACAACCAAUAUUAAUUUCAAAUCGAGAUGGUCUCGAUAUGACAUUACCGAAUCGAACAAUAACAUUAGCAGAAAUUCGUGACGCUGUUGGACAAGAUCGUUUUAUUGACAUCAUUGACUGUGAAAAACAAGUGACUUAUAAAAUGAAUUUAGAUGAUUACAUUGAAUAUUAUGAAAAUUUUGAAAGAAGUAAAAUUUAUAAUGUUCUCAGUUUGGAAAUAUCAAAUACUAAAUUGGGCGAACAAGUUGUUACGCCGAAAAUUGUACGAGAUAUAUCGUGGGCUACAAUAGGCGUAUGGCCUAUUAAAAAACCAGAUGACGAAGAAAUAGAUUCCAAUGGAAUACUGAAGAAAAGCACAUGGCCAUUACAAACACCAUUAUUGAAAAAGAAACGUCGAACAAUCUCAUCAACAGAUACCGAUCAAAGUGAAGAUGAACAAUUUGAGACAUUGGAUGCAAAUCAUUUCGAAAAUUUCGAACGCCCUGAAGUAGCAAAAUAUUGUUUGCUAAGUCCGCAAUCAUCUUAUACAGAUUUCCAUGUAGAUUUCGGUGGUUCAAGUGUUUGGUAUUCUGUUGUUCGAGGUGAAAAAAUAUUUUACAUAAUCGAACCCACGGAUGAAAAUUUACAAAAAUAUGCUGAAUGGUCAGGAUCACCAACUGAAUCUGAAGUAUUUCUAGGUGAUAAUGUAUCUCACUGCUAUAAAAUGCAUUUGCGCGAAGAAAAUACGAUCUUAAUACCACCUGGAUGGAUUCAUGCCGUAUACACAGUAACAGAUUCGCUUGUUUUCGGUGGUAAUUUUCUUCAAUCAAUGGGGAUUGAUAUGCAACUUCGCAUUUAUGAACUUGAACGUCUCGCACAAGUUCCAAAUAAAUUUCAAUUUCCACUUUUUGAAACGUUUCAUUGGUAUGCUGCUAAAACGUUCUACGAAGAACUCAAAGAAUGUAAUGAAUCUAAUUCAUCAGUCAUCAAUCCGAUUACUCAACAUGCAUGCGAAUCGAUUAUUCACUAUAUGAGUAAAUGGGUAUCAGCUGAUAAACGAUAUCAAACUCGAAAUCGUUCAAUUAUACCUAAAGGUAUUAAUUGUGAAAAAGUUUUGCGUGAUCUUGCACGCGAACUUGAUAUAGCAAAAACACGUUGUGGCUCGGCAUGUGUUUCUAAGCCACUAUCAAAGAGUAUUCUUGCAAGUCCAAUUAAACUUGUACUUCCUAUGGAACCAAAACAAGAACUAGCUCAUAUGAACAAAACCAAAAUCAAAGUGCAAUGUCGUCGUUUAUCAUCGGAAACUGAAAAUAUUAAAAACAAAGAUUCAUCAGUGGGCGCUGGUAUGAAAUUAACUAUUAAAACAACAUUAAGUGGUUGCAGAAAACCAAACAAUAAUAGAGAAAUGACACCAAGUCUAAGUAAGAAAAAAGCUGCCCAAACAACAUCAUCUGCCAAGCAACAGAAAAUCUCAAAUGCAAAUGAUGUUCCAGUCAAACAGGAAGAACUACCUAAAAUAAGCUAUACACUUGAUCUCGAAGCAAAACGACAACGUUUUAUUCAACCUGCUAAUAAUCAAUCAAUUCAUGACGAACCUGAUAAAGAUGUCAAUAGUUCAUCAAAUGAUACGAAUUUUUCAUUGAUUCCUAGCGAAUCAAAUACAGAUAUUAAUGAAAUUCAUGAUAAUAAUGAAUUGUUAGAAGGUAUAGCCGAUGGUGGUCUUGCAUCAUUCGUUAAAAGUUCUUCAAUCAAUGAUGAUUAUUAUCAGCCAAGUAAAGAAACUAAAACGAAACGAGAACACAGUGCCUCGGAUAAGAAAAUUUCAACAAAAAAAUCCAAAUCGAAAUCAUCAACAGACACAGAAAAAAAAUUAACAAAGAAAAUCAAAAGUGAAGAUCCAACAUCAUCCAGUAGUAAUCGAAAAAAAUUGUUAACAACACCUGCAACACUGCCAAAAACUCCAUCAUCAAGUAAUAAUCCGCAUGAGAUAUCAACGAAUAAAAAACGUGUAUCAUCUUCCAUACCGAAAAAACUCAACUCAAAAGAUCGUCUUGGCAAAAUUCUCAAAAUAGCAAAUACGAUCAAAUCACGUGGUGGCAUCUUAACUUGA